AUGCAUUUGACAGCAUUAUGCAAUACAGCUUUGGACAAUCCAGGAAAACUAACAAGUCAUGAUAUUGUUAGCUAUUUACUUGACUUUAUUGCAACAGAUACCUUACUUUUUUAUUCUGAGGAAGAAGAACUUCGAUUAUUACAAGAAAAAAAAUGGGCUCCAGUUUUAGAAUGGUUCAAUAAAAGGUUUGGUGUUAAACAGGAGGUGUCCCAAAACUUAGAGCCUCCACCAGUAGCAACUGAAACAAGAGCAAUUUUAGCUAGACAUUUGUUAUCUUAUGAUUUUCCUGCUUUAAAUGCAACACAUAAACGUUUUUACCGACGCACUGAUAUUGUACAAAACGAAAAGAAUUGGGAAGUAACUCUAGAUCAUCGUCGGUUAAAAACUCCUAAUGGUAAAGUCUUGACAGUUAAUGCAGAACCUCUUGCUAGGGCUAUUGCAGCUGAAUGGGAUGCACAAAAUGAAUAUAUUGCUCAGCCUACUAUGCAUUUGACAGCAUUAUGCAAUACAGCUUUGGACAAUCCAGGAAAACUAACAAGUCAUGAUAUUGUUAGCUAUUUACUUGACUUUAUUGCAACAGAUACCUUACUUUUUUAUUCUGAGGAAGAAGAACUUCGAUUAUUACAAGAAAAAAAAUGGGCUCCAGUUUUAGAAUGGUUCAAUAAAAGGUUUGGUGUUAAACAGGAGGUGUCCCAAAACUUAGAGCCUCCACCAGUAGCAACUGAAACAAGAGCAAUUUUAGCUAGACAUUUGUUAUCUUAUGAUUUUCCUGCUUUAAAUGCAAUUAAUUUUGGUGUAGAAGCUCUGAAGUCACCUAUACUUAUGCUGGCAUGUAUAGACAGAUAUUUAGAGCCAAAAAGUGCUGUUAUGUUAGCCAGGUUGGAGGAAGAAUACCAGCUCCUCCGUUGGGGACACGUGCCGUGGGCGCACGAGCUCAACCAGGCCGAAAUGACGAUGCGCGUGACCGCCUCGAUCCUCGUCGUACAGAGCUCCAGUGAGCGACACUCUGCUGCCGCUAAACAGGCCAAGAACGAACAGAAUACACUCAUUUUUACGACAUUUUGGGUGAUGAACGGCGACGUAGAAGUGGAGGCGCCGCGCCCUCGCCCACUGUCCUCGGGGAUUUGGACACUUUUCUCCUGGCUGCGGCGCACUGAACGCUCUUCUUCUAGCGAGAGUGUUUCUAGUGUGGGCUCUGAUCGCACUGCCGCUAGUUUCGAUUUUUUGGCACCUUUUCAUUAUAAGCACGUCAACGAACCUCUUGUUCUACCGCAAAACCCAAUUACUGAGACAUACAAAAAGAGACUAUUAGAAAGAAAUAUACGAAGGCAAAACGAUCAAGAUCUCACAUUGCGGAGAAAGUACGGCUUAUAUACUGAAGAAGGUCUAGGUUACGACGCUUUUAGUUUACCGCCAGCGAGAAAGAUACCAAAAGAUUCUGUCAGGCUCCGACGUGCAACAAGUGAGGGUUCGCAAAGGCGAGCUGCUUACGUGCCAGGAAAGAGACGUGCCCCUCUUCCACCUACUAUUAAUAUUUCAAAUUCAUUACCCCGAACCUAUAAACGAAAGAGGCCAGCACCGAAACCUCCCACUAAAUUAAUAGAAGAAAAUAAAGAAAACAUUGAAAUAAAUAAAAUUUUACAAAUGGAUUCAAAAUCUACACAAGAAAAACGAUUAUCUGAAAACAAUUUUUCACUAGAAUGUAAAAUAGAAAAACCUAUGAAACAAGAUCAUCUUAAUAAAGACGUCAAGUUGCGAAGCGAUAAAAGUUUUCUCAAACAAAUUUUCGAUAGUAAGAAACGAUAUUCAGCUAUAGAUACAACUCACGUUAAACUGCUACCAAGUAUUAGUGAAUUGGAUAAACAGGCGGCUGAAAUAAUCGAGAUGAAAAGGUCGUUAGAUGCAAGACGUGGUUAUAACAAUAACGACAUUUUAAAACUUUCUGGAACUGAAGGCAAUUGGAUAUGCACAAUUUGCUUAAGAAAAUAUAAAAUGACGAUUAAAUUUUGUACAUACUGCGUUAUUACUAAGGAACCUAAAGAAACAGUUUUCACUAAUGCAAAUAUAAAUAAGAAUGUAACGAGCACUAAUGUCACUAAUACGUGCAUACAAACAGAAAAUAUAUGCAAAUCAGGUCGUAGAAAUGAUGUUGACGAAAAGAAAAAAUUGCGAGAAAUGCUGAAGGAAAUGAAAGACUCUCUACCUAAAAGACCAAAACACGAUAAAAGAGAUAAUUCUAAUAUAUUACCAACGACAGAAACGCCAACGUUACCAAUUGGGUCAUCGAUGAAACUUGAUAAAAAAAUUUCAGACAAUAUUUUGUUCAAUGAAAUUUCAGCAAAUAAAAGUAAUGAAACGAAAGUUAAUAUCCAGCAAGCAAAGAAUUCGUUUCUUCUCUCACAGCCAUGUUCUUCAAAACAAAUCGUAAGUGAUAUCGUUCUUAGCAAUUUAGGAAAAUUGAAAGUUCACAAUAAUGGUUUAAGCACUGGAAAUUUUGGUAAUUCUCCAAAAGUCGACGUACCCUCCACCAAAUGUGAAUUAGUAAACAAAAUAAGUGAAUUACCUAAAAAAUUAGAACAUCUAGAAAACAAAGUUAUUACUGAAAACAAAAAGAACGAUAUUACAGUAAAUAAUAUAUCAACCGAACCACAAAACGCGAACAAAAUAUUAAAUUUAGGAAAAAAUGAGCCAAAAUCUGUGACAAAAAAUAAAGAAUGCAUUGCUGCAUUACCAAAAGAUUCUAAUUCUACUGGUUCGAAAGCACUACUUGAUAAUGUAAAUAAAGACAAUGAAACUGUAAUUAGUGCAAUUAAAAAAAUAUCAAAGUCAAAUGACCGUAAAGAUAACUUGAGUGAUAAUUACAAAACAACACAAGAUAAAUUCAAACGACAAUCUGUUUUAAUUCCAAUCAAGGAAGUAGAAGUGAUAAAUGAAAAGUUAGAUGAAAUGCCUAGAAAUAAAAUUGAGACUAUUCGCUUAGGUGACGUGAUAUCGUCCAAGGAAAUUCAAGGAUCAAAUGGUACAAGUGCCACUGAUAUGGAUAAAAAUAGUAACUUCCAUACACCUUUAAAAAUUUCGUCACUGUUAAAUCCAAUAUAUUGUCCUAAAAAGAAAAUUUUAGAGGAUACGAGUAAAAAUUCUCAAACAGAUGCACACAAAGAAUCUAGAGGGUCACCAAAAUUAAAUAUAGCAAAUAAUGGGUCUAUAGUCGUAUCCGACAUACCAAAACAUGUUUUUACCGAUACAAAUCCUAAGACAUCGUGUUCAGGGUCAGACAUUAAGGAACCUGAAAACACACAAAAGAAUUGUUCAAUUACUAAAACUAAAGAGAACAUUUAUUUGAACGAAUUAACUAGAGUUAACCGGCCUGAUGUAAAAAGUAGUGAAAACAAUCUCGAUAUACACGCUCAUCGUAGGGACUUGGUAAAUCAACUUGAGCAGGCAAUUGCAAAAGGAGAUGAGCAAACAGCAGCGGAAGCUGCCGCUAAGCUUGCGAAACUUAAAUUAUCCUGUUCCGUCUUAUCAUUCUCCUCACAAAUUGUUGCAGAACCAAAAAAAUUAUCAAAAACGUUUGAAGUGUCUAAAAAUAAUCCUUUAGAGAAGGAAAACACUCAGAACAAAGAAAUAAAUGUUUCCAAGAAGGAAACAAAAAUUGAUAACUUAUCUCAAAUACAAAAAAAUGGAAGUAAUGACAACAGAUUGAACGAAAAACCUUUUAUAAAAUCAAGUGUACAGUCUCCAAUUCCUUCAACUUCUAAAGAUAUCGAGCCAAAUCCAGAUCAAAUAAUUCCAAUUUCAGUUUGGAUUGAAGACAAGGAGGCAGCCAGAGGUCCUAUUCGUUUAAAUGUUCCAAGGAAAUUUGUUGUAGGAGAUUUGAAAAGGGAAGCAGAAGCAUCUUUAGGAUUGGAAAUCCGGUUGCAACGCUGGAUUAUAGGAAGGACUUUAUGUUCUAAUGACAACACACCACUUACUUUGCUUGCUGGUCCGGAUCUCGUAGCUCCCUUUUACCUAUGUUUGGUAGAAUCCGAAACAAAAACGAUUGGCGCACAGGAACAAAUAAAGACUGCGAAUAAAAGCACCGCUAGCCCAACGAAAGAUGAAGAGAAAAAAUUAAAUUCUGGGGACUUUUAUAUAGAACUGAUGAAAUUAGAACAGCAAGCACUCGUUCCUAACACCGAAGUAUUUGAAUGUGGCGUAUGCAUUGAAGAAUGUGCAGUAGGAGCGGGUGCUGUACUCCGAGAGUGUAUUCAUACAUUUUGCAGAGAAUGUCUUCGUGACGUCAUACGUCACUGUGAAGAAGCUGUAGUCUCGUGUCCCGCCAUCGGCUGUCCUGGAGUUUUGCAAGAACGAGAAAUACGAGCACUUCUUACAUCUGAGGAAUAUGAAAAAUGGCUAGCCCGCGGUUUAGCUGCGGCUGAAAGUGGCACUCGCAAUGCGUUUCAUUGUCGCACUAGAGAUUGUGCCGGUUGGGCCUUUUGUGAACCGGGAGUUCGAAGAUUUCCAUGUCCAGUAUGCAAACAUACUAAUUGCUUGCCAUGUCAGGCCGUACACGAAGGCGAAACAUGUGAGAGAUAUCAAGAAAAAUUACGUCAAGCAGUGACCGCAGUCGAAGCUAAUCAAACAGAUGAAGGGACACAAGCCUUACUUAAAGCAUUAAUUGAUCGCGGUGAGGCGCUAGAGUGUCCCGAAUGUAAGGCUAUUAUAACGAAAAAAUGGGGUUGCGACUGGAUCAAAUGCUCUGCAUGUAAAACUGAGAUUUGUUGGGUAACGAAAGGCCGUCGUUGGGGCCCAGGGGGUAAGGGAGACACAAGUGGGGGUUGUCGUUGUGGUAUUGAUGGAAAACGUUGUCAUCCAUCUUGUGGAUACUGCCAC